CACGGUACCUAUAAGAGACCGAGAGAGCUUCAGAGGCAUGGAGAUAAACUCGUGAUAAAAGAGGUAACUCACCACAGGUCAGAAGCGGCAGUGUCAGAGAUGCAGCCACGGUGUUCUUGCAGCCUUCUCUCCUCGCGUUAAAUGUGAAGUUCAAACUUGCUGCUGCAGCCUCCUGCAGGUGGGUGUUGCCCUUAUGGAUGCCGCUACCCAGCUAGCGCCCUUUCCUCCCUUUGGCAAGGCCUCGGGACAGGCCCCUUCCCUCUCGCGUUCCCACCUCACACCGUGCACUCGAGGACCGCCACCCCACCCCCCCCGCCUUCGUUUUUUUAACUGUCUGGUCCGUUCAUAUGGCCCGCAGGCUGCGUGCCACCAACUCGCUAUCCUCUUUUCAAUCAUUCCGCUGUCACCAAACCCGUUCAGUCCAGGUGCGCCUACUUACAUUUGAUGCUUGUUUCUGGACAGGGAGCCAGCAGUCCAAAAACGUAUUUGACGCGGUCAAUUCAGUCAAUCUGCAUCGCGGCUUCUUUUGAUUGAUCCGUUUUUGUGUUCUCUUCUUACUCCCAGCCUGCCAGUUCCCAAUCUCUCUUCAAAAAAAACCGAUCCGAUUCUGUGUGUUGAGUUGCUCCGUCCGGUGCAUGCCACACACGCGAACUGCCUGCCUGGGUCAGCCUGCCAGACAAAGCAACAAAUAAAAAUUAAACGUGAUUCCUCGCUUCCUUCCGCCGGACCAGCCUCGACUACAGUGCAGCACCCAACCAGGUUUCUGCGACAAAAAGGCGACCUCUCCGCUCGAACGCCAGAUCAAGUCUAGGCCAUCGGCAUACCGCUCAAAACAGCAUCUCCACCAUUUUGCCUUUUUUGUAUCUCGUGAUACCUGAACGGUAAAAAUGGCCGACAUCACUGACCAGCACGACCAAACCACCCCAACCGAGCUUGACGAUGUGCACUCGGUCGGCAAUGGAAACUCGGUCGCCGGAGAGUCUCGUGGCAUCAAGCGCGCCCGACCUAGCACUGCCGACGACGACGAUGACGACGACGAGAAGGGCGGCCGUGAGCGUCGCAAGAUUGAGAUCAAGUUCAUCAGCGACAAGUCGCGCCGCCAUAUCACAUUUUCCAAGCGCAAGGCUGGUAUCAUGAAGAAGGCCUACGAGUUGUCAGUCUUGACAGGCACCCAGGUGCUCCUCCUCGUCGUGUCCGAAACUGGCCUCGUCUAUACAUUCACGACGCCGAAGCUCCAGCCUCUGGUUACCAAGUCCGAGGGCAAGAAUCUGAUCCAGGCCUGCUUGAACGCGCCAGAGCCUUCUAGCAGCGCUGAGAAUGGUGUCGACGACGCUAAUGCCGUCGACUCCCCCGAGGAGCCGCCCAGCAGCCAUCUUCCUCCUCAGCAGGGACGACCUGGAAUGCCGCAGCCUCACGCCAUGCCUCCCAACUACAUGCCCGUUGGCGGGAUGGACCCCAGCGCGAUGGCUUAUCAGAACUACGUGAGCCAACAGCGCGGCGGCCAAUACAUGCCGCAAUCCGGUCUGCAACAGCACGCUGGUCACCAGUCAUAACCGUCCCGGCCGAGUUUUGUCACGACUUUACCUUACGUAUCUCAAUACCCAGCAAUUAAUGCACCUGUGUAAACGUCCAGUUUCACAUUCGACAUCAUCACGAUGAGGCCACACAUUUGACGAGGCUUAUCUGGUUCGGCGUUUGAUUGGAGCAUGUCCAUUACCUACUUCCGUAUUUUAUACCUCUUGCUUUUCGGCGGUGUUUUGCCGGGAUUUCGUUUCUGCUGACACCACCUCCCCCUGGUUGUUUUUGUUGGACAUCUGGUGCGCUCAACCCGUCCAGAUAUCGGUGGGGUCAGCUCUUGGUUUUUGAACACAUUUGGGUUCUGGUUUCGCCUGACAGACCCAGACCCUUUGUGCUGUGUGCGUGGCGCUUUAAAGGUGGUGGGUUCGAGAGAAAAGCGUGGCGGACAAGGGAUUAUAGACCGAAAAUGUCUUUGGCACUCGGGAUCCUGGGAGGUUGCGACUGCGCAUGGCGGCGUCGGCUUGGUUUUCUAUUCUUUUUUUUUUCCAAGGCAACUUGCCUUGUCAAGUUCUGCCUGGUGGUUUGCCGUCGUUCUUGAAACUCUUUCUGGUUCUUUUUUGGCGAAGGGUUGGGUGGACACGCAACGUACUUGGGGCACGACAUAUGAGCAAAAAAGGCUUAUGAUUUGGAAGAAUUGGGAACGGUUCGGCCAGCAUAAGAACAGCGAUUUUACACCUCAAGUGCAAAAUCGUCUUUUCAUUUUCCAGACCUCUGUUUAGCGAUUUUGACUGAUCACUUGGCUUGGACCUUUUUGUUGCGGGUCGCUUGCUCUUUAUGAUGCUAUUUCUCCCCAAAAUAGAGAUGGGGACAACUUGGUGGAUGAGGGAGAGGCGGUUGUUUCUCAUGUAAUUUCUGCUGCGCUGGGAGGAAGAGGGAGGGCCUGGGGGAAGGGG